AGUAAUCGAUACACUUCAGUCCGGUUUUGAUAUUUACAAUGGAUAGUUACUAACACACCAAUUGGAACUAUGGAUUUUAAAGUGUUCAUUUGUAUUCUUUUUGUUUUCGUCAACGCGAACUUGUCGGAAAGUAAACGUGCAAUAGAGAAAGUCGUGAACAAACGCUAUGCCGUCCACAACAAUUUGCUACCAUAUUCUUUCGUGCCGUUAAGUGGUCAUCAAAGUAUUAUAUCACAAUACCCACGGACUCAUUAUGGAUUAACUUAUGGCGGUGCAACAAGUGUAUCAUAUAAUGUGAAUUAUCCGAGGUUCUCAUAUGGAGCAAACAGGAUACACUAUAAACCACUAUCACUUUUUGCAGCAGCUCCUGCCACUGUUUCCACCUUAAAUACAUUCCACGUUCCAAAAGUACCGGCUUUAGUUAGUAAGCCCAUUUUCUCUGCAGCGGGAUUCAACGUUCCGCUCCUAAGUCCUGAAAUUCCACAGCUAACGCCUGAAGUUCCGUUGUUACAACCUCAGGUGCCAUUGCUGCAACCACAAUUUCCGGUAGUUCAAUCACAGGUCCCAUUCGUGCAUCCAUCGAUUUUAUCUCUUCAGCCUUCAGUUCCUUCAGCACAGCCUCCUGCUUCUUCAGUUCAGCCUCCACUGUCGUCAACGCGGCCUCAGACACCAUCGGUGCAACAUCAGGUGCCGUCGGUGCAGCCUCAGAUUCCUGGGCUACAACCUCAGAUUCCUGGUAUACAGUCUCAGAUUCCUGGAUUACAACCUCAGAUUCCCGGGUUACAACCACAGAUUCCUGUGUCUCGUCCCCAAACGCCAUCAUUGCAACCCCAAAGUCCUUCAGUGCAGCCUCCCUCGGUGCAACCUCAGAUUCCAUCGAUACAGUCUCAAACUCCGCUCUUGCAACCCGAACUCACGCUUUUACCACCUUUAAUUGAUGCUGGUACUCUAAAACCAAUCAAUGCAUUCAUCCCAUCUUCCUUAACACCAACACCAACAGCACCAACCACCGCAAUUGGAGACUCUUGGCGUCCAGUAAUCCCGAAUAGACCUUCUUCCGGUUCACCAACAUCCGUGAAUAGACCAGCUAUUACGCUACUUCCUCCUUUUGAUGCUCCUAACGUGGGCAGCUCACUUUCCGGUGAUAGCUUUGGGCAUGGUGCCGCGUUUCCUCCAAGUGGAUUCUCGCCUACGAAUACUCCCUUCUUUCAAGGAAACCAAAAUAGCCAAGCGGGUACCGACCAACUGAGUCGCCCUAUUAAUACUCAGUCAACGCCAGUGAAUAGAAACCCAUAUUCGUAUCCUGCCUUAUCCAGCUACGAUGUUCCUUUAUAGCAAUAAAUACAAAGUUAGUAUAGGGUUUUUAUCUGUUAUGUCUAUUUAAUUUAAGAUGUUUGUUUGAAUUUUUGUUAAGAAAAAGAUUUGUAUUAUGACUUUA